AUGCAUAGGGACUUGAAUGAUGACAAGCCAUUUGUUUGCAAAGUUGCAGACUGCGGCAUGCGAUUCACCAAUGAAGAUCAUCUGACUGUCCACUCUAAGAAGCAUGAAAUGUCCCUGGCCCUCAACGCUGGAGGACAGUCAAGCAACUCUCCGGCUCAUCAUUUCCUUGAUCAGACGCCAACUCCAACCAAAUUUUUGAAGAACUGCGAUGAGAUCAGUUUGUUCCAAGAACUCACCCAGAACCCCUUUGACCAUGCAUACAAAAAGGCACUAGAUAAUGAUCCGCCUCUGCCUGGCCCUCAGACAGGAGAGUUAAACACCCCGACGUUAAUCUUGUCAGACUCUCUGAAGAGCUCAAAUGCUGCCUUGUCGCUAGGCAUUGACAGAGCUAAGGCUGGCGAGGCCUUGAAGCCUAGUCCGCUGGCCAAGACAUCAUUGGCCAGUAGGAUUGUGGUGGACCUGUCCGGAAAGAGUGUGAUGGUGACCCAGUCAGCGGCGUCUUCAUCUGUAAAACAUGAGGCAGUUCGCAGGCCUAUGGUCUCUCAGAGCUCUAUGCUUUCGGAGGCCAACAGCCCGGUGUUGGGUCCAGGUUUGGGUGAAGAAACCAGCUCUUCACAUGCUUCUGGGGUUCUGAACUCAUCCCACAUCCCCGGCCACAUGGAUUUGUCACAACAUUCCACUCCCAACCUGGCCAGCUACUCCCACCAUCUGGCAAGCAGCUCCUCCACAGUGGAAAGCCGGGUCCAGCCAGUCCAGUUGCAGGAGGUCAAGCGUGAGGAGAUGCCGAACUUUCUGGAUUCUGGCGGCACAUUUUCUGACCAGCAGCAACAGUGUACCAUGCAAGUCUUGCUUCAGCUACCAAAUGGAGAUACAGUUCCCAUCAGCAUACCAGCGACAAUCAACAAGUUCCAGUACCUGGGCAGUGUCCAGCAGCCCCCCCAGCUGCCCCUCCAGCAAGCAGGCCCCCAACAGCAGCAACCCCCACCUCUCCAGGCAGCACCCACAAAACUCGGAUCCACGUCCAAUCUUUCAACGACAAUGGCUCUCAAGCAAAGAUUAAAAGCCCAGCUACAGAACCAGCUAAGCCCGACGGCUAAAGCAGCCGAAGUCUCGAUAGCUACAUCUAACCCCUUGAGUAUUUCCACAAGCACUGCCUUACCUGGCAACAUGAGUGGCCAGGUGCUUGUUGGCAGUACCUCCCCCAUCAUGAUGGUGGACUCGCCUGGCUCGGAAAUGAAUCUCUCAGACUCCUCCGAUUAUUCUGUGGACAGUAAACGGCAGAAAAUGAGUCCAGAAACUGGAGACCCAGAAGAAAGACGUCGCAAAUUUUUAGAGAGAAACAGAGCUGCAGCUGCUCGGUGUCGUCAGAAGAGGAAACACUGGAUCAGCAACUUGGAGAAGAAAGCUGAUGAGCUGCAGAAUACAAAUUGCAGGUUACAGUCGGAGGUGAAGCUUUCUACGAGGGGAGGUGGCGCAGCUGAAAACACUUCUGCUGGCCCACAAGGACUGUCCGGUCACCCAGCAACAAAGGCUUCAAGGUCAACUCCAACAUAUAAUUCUGACAGAAUCCAGCCUGGCUUCCCAAGAGCUGGCCCAGGUGGUGCCAACAGCAGACGGAACUUCAGAACCUUUACAGUUAGUCACAUUUCUACAAGAGUCAGUGGUUGGCCACAAUGA